AUGUCGAAACUUUCGUCGAAGAAAACGCAAGAAGGCAUCAACAACCGUUUACAAGUUGUCAUGCGAUCCGGGAAGUACACGCUCGGGUACAAAACGGUCCUCAAAACCCUUCGCUCCGGGAAAGCGAAACUCAUUCUCAUCGCGAACAACGUUCCGCCGUUGCGAAAAUCCGAGAUUGAAUACUACGCCAUGUUGGCGAAAACCGGCGUGCACCAUUACACCGGGAACAACGUGGACUUGGGGACGGCGUGCGGUAGGUUUUACAGAGUGUCGUGCUUGAGCAUCUUGGACGCGGGGGACUCGGAUAUCAUCGAAAAGACGGUUGGGGAGUCUGCUUAA